CCACACAUUUACAUAACUGUUAUUGGAGACAUCAAUCAAAGGUUGAAAGAGAUUCCGAAGACACAACUGAAUCAGAAUCAGAGACGUGCGAAAUGCAACUUCGAAGGGCGUUUGUACUUGUGAUCGGCUUUUGCCUUUCUUUCGCUUUGGCAAAAUCCACUCCGGAAGAGGGCGAAGCAACUGAAGCUAUACUGAAGAAGGAAAUCGGUCGUUUUGAGGCCGUUAAGAAGAGCUUUGAGGAUGCAAACAUGAUGGUAAAAGUUGUCUACACGCAUCCGUUUAAUAAUGAAGAAGGAAAACCCUUGAAACUCGACACCUUCGAAAUUCGAACAUCUUCCUUCGAAACUAAACCAGAAGGGCCCCAGCUGGAAGAGAAGUACGAUGAAGCCAAAAUUAAAUCAGUCUUUGCUUUAGCCAAGAAGUUGAAUUUGACAGCUGUGGGUAGUAGACAAAUUUUCGAUCUCGAAGGCGUUUUGCAGGAGAAAACACUCCUGACCGAAGAAUUAAGGAUUCACUUCAAAGACGGUAGUACCCACAUGUUAUUUGAGGACGAUAGCGACCCUGACGAUGAACUUGACAGCGAUAGUGUUCAAGACUACAUCGGCUUCCUUAAAGAAUUCGAACUUCCAGUUGAAGUAGAAAUAAAAACCUUUGACAAUGCUGGGGAGGUGAUCAAGACCGAUAAGGCUAGCUACGCACCUAAAAAGGUGGCAGUUUUGAGUAGCGAUAUGACUGUUCCUAUGCAGAUGAAGGUCGCGGAAGCAUUGAAGCGGACUUGUGGCAUGAAGAGUGACCCGAAGAAAAGAAUUUUGCUUCUGUGUAGGUACCUGGGGAUUCAGUUUCCGGAAUACUCCUUCAAUGCAGUUAUUGGAAAUGGAGACCAUUACGUCACGAGCGCUAUCCAUAUGAAAGCGAGCUUCGAUGAUCAGGUGUACACAGUCUGGGGUACCGAUGUAGAAGAAGAUUCGGAUUAGAUAACUUGUAAUUCCGUAAGGGCUACUAAAAUAUAGUGUUAACUAGUA